AUGAGUACUAGGAUGACGAAGAAUAAAAGAAAGAGGGUUCCCCAGGACAACAAAACAAAUGAGCUGAUUUUUCUUGAGAGUGGAUUAAAAAAAAAUGUGGAAUCAAAUUUGAAAAGCUCAUUUACAGGAAAUGAAUUGGUAAUAAUUAAGGGAGAAGUGGGUUCUUGGCUAAGGUUGGUUUCUGGCUCAUCGCUUUUUCCAGUGGGUGCUGAGAAAAUUUUGAGUUCUGUAAAUAAUAAGGAGUUAUUUAGAGGAUUGAUUAUUUCGAAAAGAAUAACAAAUCUACCCAUUAGAUAUACAAAUAUACCUGGCUCUAUAAUUCCAAAUCUAUGCAAAAAUUCAUUAUAUUCUAUUUCUGAAAGAUUUCCUUGUACACCACUUAAUUCAGAUUUUGAGAAAGAAAACUUUGAAAAGAUUUUAUUUCAAGUCGAGAAGUCUUUUGACAGCAGUACUGAAUUAGAAGAAGCACUUUUUGGAGUCAUAGACAGUUCAGAAAAGCUUAUAGAAAGGAGUGAGUUUUCAAUCAAUAAAAAAAGAAAGAAAGAAACAAAAGCUAAUAUUGAUUUUUUGGAACAAAAGCUAUCAAUUUUUCCAGGUAAUGUUGGAAGAGAGUACCUCGUGUUUCAAAGAUAUGAUGAAGGAGUAAUCUUGGAUAAAGAUGCGGUAAUGGAUGCAACCCCCGAAAUUCUUGCUCAACAUAUAGCUAGAAGAUUAAGAGGAUGCACUAUAUUGGAUGCAUGCGGAGGAGUAGGUGGCAAUACAAUCGCAUUUUCACAACACUGUAAGCGUGUAAUUUCAGUAGAAAUUUCUAACUACAGGACACUAAUUUGUAAACAUAACUCACAAAUAUAUAAGUUGUACGGGGAAUCAUCUUGUUUUGGUAGUCAAAACAUUGUUGGGGGUGAAAGUUUUAUUGAUGUAAUUAGAGAAUCUGGAUCGCCUACUUUACCUUUUAACCAAGCUCACUCAAUCGAUGAAAGUGGCAACUUAAACAUGUACUUUGAUCCGAAAAGUAACAUAGUAUUUAUUAAUGGUGAUAUUUUGAAUUUUUGUAACUGGUACCACAUUUAUAGUCGUAAAGAAUAUAGCGGUACUUCCUCUUCAAUAGUCAAACAGGCAUUUAAGGAUUUUGAAAACUUUGAGUGGGCUUUUGCUUCUCCACCAUGGGGUGGAUAUUCAUACAAUGGGAUUAAAAAUUUUAGUUUGGAGAAUAACUCACUAUUAAACUAUAAAGAGAUGAUUAUCAGACUUUCUUCAAUUGCAAACAAUAUUGCAUUGUUUUUACCUAGAAAUACAAAUUUGUCAGAAUUUUCAGCCUUGCUUUCAAUACUUGGGUUUCACGCCAUAGAAAUUGAGGCAAUUCGUGAUACAAGGUUUAACUAUAUACUAGGGAUAGUUUUGUACUCAGUAAGAACUAAAUCCAAGUUUAAAUUACGAUAUUUAUUUGGUCAAGAUAUUAAUUUCAUGAAUGACCAAAUUUCAAAAAGAUUAAUAUCUUUUACUGAAAAUAUGAUUAAAAAAACAAACCCAGGGAGUAAUACAAAUUCCAAUCAAAAAAACAUAUCAAAACCAGGAAUCAAAAAAUUAUCGAAAUUUGGGAGAAAGGUCGAGAAGUUAUUAAAAAAAAAAGGAUUAGAGUCACUAAUAGUCAUUACAUAUAUAUUGAACUACAUUUAG